CCGCAAUCCCCGUCGUCUCUUUCCUUCAUCUUCUUGGGCUCCGGCGCCCCCGCCUACCGCCACCGCCUGCUCGGAUCAGGCGGCGCUCCGGCCGACGUAUCCGCCGCCCCGACGACCACCACCUCGCCAGCAUCGCCCCCGCCACCUACCCCGCCCAUCCGGGGUUCCACUGCCGCCCGCGGCGAGCGGCGCCCCCGCCGCCUCGCCGUCCGCCCCAGCGACCGGCCACCACCGCCGGACCGACCAGCUCCCCGGCCAUCUCCUCUACGCCCGGAGGCCACAAAUCCCCCCACCCCCACACCCAAAACCCCUAACCCGAAUCCUAACCCUAAAGCUCGCCGGAGUUAAUGGAGGUCACCGGAGGCCGCCGGGCACAGAGGAGAUGGACCUCUGCACGAAUCUCGUCGCUAAAUCGACCGGAGGAAAAGCUCCGAGUGGCUCCCGGCCGGCGGUGGAGGCGGGAAUAUGGCGACGGCGCCGGUGGAUCCAAGGGGUGGGUACAUAGGAACGUCCGUCAGGCAGUGGUUCCGUCGGGAGAGGAUGCGAAGCAGCCGCUUUACCACGUCGCGCUCUCGACGCCGUACGUCGCCGGCCUCGACCCGUUGGCGGGCCAAGCUCUCACCAGGGAGGGACCUGCGGCGCGACGUGGUCGAGUUCGUUGUCGCUCGUCCUGCGGGCUCCGUGCCUCGUGACCGAGGUCUUGUUUAGUUCCCAAUUUGUAAAUUAUUGUUCAAACAUUGACUAAUUAGGCUCAAAAGAUUCGUCUCGCAAAGUACAACAAAAUUAUGCAAUUAGUUUUUGAUUUCGUCUACGUUUAGUACUUCAUGCAUAUACCGCAAGUUUGAUGUGACGAGAAAUCUUCUUUUUGCAUAAUGAUAAAGUUGGGAAUUUGGGGAACUAAGCAGGCCCCGAAGUAAAGUGGACACCAGCACAGAUACCGUUGCCUACUUGCCUAUGGGGUUCUUGCAACUUGCAUGCAUCUCUAAGAUGCUUGGACAAACGUGUUGUUGAAUUUUCUAUCAGAAUUGUGUUUUUGUAGUGUUUGGCCAUGAUGUGCAGCAACAAAAAAACAAGUCCAAUGCAGUCUCAUAUAGUCCCCAUAGAACAUCAUCGUGUUAGACCCAAACCCUGCCAUCACACACCGACACACGAAUCCAAACCCAUCGCCAUCUACAUAAACCCCGUGCCGAGAGGGGAGGAGAGUCCACGAAGCUUAAACAAUGGGUCAUGGAGAGGACGACACGUGCGGGGAAUUCUGCGCGGCGGCCUUCCUCGUCGUUGUGUUUGUCGUCGCAAUCCUGGGCGGCGCCGGGACCCCCGAGAACCCGGUCUACCACGUCGGGAUCGACGCCGUCGCCGGCCUCAACCCGUCGACGGACCUGGCCCGGCCGGCGCUCUACCCCGAGUUCGACCUCAGGGUGCACAUCGGCCAGGGUCUCUGGGGCCACCACGGCGACGCGUGCCUCGAGCUCGGCUCGUCCGUGGCGGUGUCCUACCGCCGCGUCCCGCUCGCCGCCGCGGCCGUGCCGUCGAGGCGCUGCGCCGGCUCGUCCCAUGGCAGCGGCGGCGGGGCGGCGGGGUCCGUCCCCGUCGUCGCCAGAGGGAGCGGGGUGCGCCUGCCCGGGGCCGUCCGGGACGCGCUCGCGAGGGACCUGUGGUGGGGCUUCGGCCCGGCGGAGUUCGACGUCUCGCUUACCGUCCCGUACCAGGGAAGGUGGAAGGUGGUGUCGUGCAAGGCGAAGGUCGGGGACGCCGCCGCACUGCAGGGCGGCCCCUGCAACGUGACCGUGGUGGGCACCGUCCAGCAGGCGUCGACAGCCGCGCCACAGAUUGCUCUGCCGGGUAGGGCAGGGAUUCUAGAUGGUGCAUAGCCGCGCGCGUCUGGAUAGUAAUUAUCAGUGUUACAGCUGAAACAGGUCGGGCCUUUAGAGAGUUACAGACGAGUUGGGAAAGUUAUUAAAAGGAAAAAAAUGCUUACAUUUUUCCGAACUGUUUAAGCAUAAAUAUUGGUUUUUGUCUUGCACAAUUGUACACCUUGUUAUUAAAUCAUCCGAUUAGUGGUGAUUAAUCGCCCUUA